AUGUCGUCACGGAAAGACGAGCUUUUGGCCAAAAAGGCUCGCCUUGAGGAGCUUAAGCGACAGAGAGUACUACGCCAGGAGCAGUACGCCUCCAGCAGACAGAGUAUUGGAGAGGUAGGACCGUCAGCAUUUUGUCCAACGAGAAGUCAUGCUGACUUUGGCAAGACCCCUUCGCCGGGGAAGACAGCGGAGGAGCGAAGAUCUGAAAUUGACAACCUCGUUUCCAGCCUAAUCGAUCGCCAGAGAGACUCCACGGCGUCCCCGAGCAGAAGAGGAAGCAGACCGAAUUCAAUUCAAGGCACCGGACAAAUCACUCCUCAAAAUGACGCUGAACCAUCUCCGAAAAGGCUCAUGCAAUCGACGUCGACGCAGACUGAGAUUGCCGCUACGUCGCUCCCCGUUUACGAAGGCGCUGUUGCUCACGAACCGGCAGCGCACAAAAAGGAGUACAUCACAUACAGCAAAGGCGUACAAACCGAGCCAUACACCGAAGAGGCCACCCCCACACAAGACCAUUCUGACGAUGAAUUAUCAUUGGGCUCGAGACGACGGCUUUCCAGGCGCGAUCAAGAAAGAGAUGAAGAGAUUCGACAGAGUCUCCGAAAAGAGAUCGAAGAGGAGGUCAGGGCCACCCUGAAUCGGGACUCAAUUGCAUCAAUGUCCACAAAUUCCCAACAGCGCUUUCCUUUAAGGACCCUCACCGCCAAUGAGCUGAAUGCUGUUGUCGCUUCUUCUGAAUUUGUGUCUUUUGUUGAGCGAUCUUCCAAGGUCAUUGAGCGUGCCCUCGACAUGGACGAUAAUUACGACCUGCUUGCAGAUUAUACUCGAGCUUCCACAUUCGACGACGACGACGACGACACGCCUUAUCCACGGACCAGCAAAAAGUCCCAUUCUUUACGCGAGUCUCUUCAAUUGUUUUCUGAUCGAUAUACCAGAAGACGUAUUGUCUCCGACAUUCAAUUCUCACCGCACUUUAAUGAACUGCUUUUGUCUUCCUACACCAAAAAUCCCUCCGCCCCUCAUGAACCCGCCGGGCUGGUCCUUCUCUGGAACUCUCAUGCCCCAUCCCGGCCGGAAUACACUUUUAUGGCGUCGUCAGACGUCCUUUCCGCCCGGUUCUCUCCGUUCCAUCCCAAUCUUGUAAUCGGUGGCUGCUACUCCGGGCAGGUCUGUCUCUGGGACACACGAACUUCCGGACGGACCGGUCAACCAGUCCAGAAAACACCACAGUCUGGGUCUCAUCUCGGUCAUACUCAUCCCGUCUACAGCAUCAGUGUGGUAGGCACACCGAAUGCGCACAACAUUCUCACCGCUUCCAUGGACGGCGUUGUCUGUUCCUGGUCUGUCGAUAUGCUUACUCAAGCACAGGAGUAUUUGGUUCUCAACACUCCAGCUCCAGCCAAGAUAGAUGACCUAGCCCCUACGAGCAUGAGUUUCCCGGCAUCCGAUCCGACAUUUUUCCUGGUCGGUACCGAAGAAGGCAGUAUCUAUCCUUGCCAUCGAUACGACCGUGCCGGUGCGCAAGCGGGAGUCGACACUCGCCUCGCAUAUCGUGGUCAUACCGCACCGGUCAUGAGCUCUCAAUUUCAUCCCGCCCGAGGCCCAGUGGAUCUAGGCGAUCUCCUUCUCAGCUCUAGCUCCGACUGGUCGGUAAAGUUAUGGCGCAUCCGGCCAGCGGCAAGCUCCGGCUCAGCCGUCGCAAUGACGACCUCGGCAACUGGGCCAGCGCCGACAGUUGUCAGUCCCGUUCUCAAUCUUGCUCGCGAAGAUCUCGUCUAUGACGCAAAGUGGGCGCCUCAUAAACCAUCAGUAUUCGCCUGUGUCACAGGUUCUGGUGACCUGGAGGUGUUUGACUUGAGUUAUGAUUUGGAGGUGCCCAUCACCAAAGCCAGUCCGACAAGAGGCCGGAAUGGAAUCGUUCCAUUCAAAGGUUUGAAUAAGCUGGCCUGGGAAGAAAGACGUGGCAGUCAUAUUGCUGUGGGCGGAUUGGACGGCGUGGUCACCGUCUUUGAUGUCGGAAAGGGAUUACAGUGUGGUAAUGGUGAGGCAGGUAUGGAUGAGUGGGUGGCCAUGAAGAGACUGGUCACUAAACUUGAAGGUGGAAAAUCGUAG